AUGUACACACACAAUGCGGCUUUGGACUGGAUUCAUGAUUUUGAUGCUACGUCUCCGCGCUACCCGGAAACGCACGCCAUCGAUUGGCCUGUGCCUCCCAAGCCCCGAAGCGGAUGGCCCGUUAUUGAAGGGCUCGUUUUGGACAUCAGCUCUGAUCUUGAGUACCUCAAGUCUAAAGCUGAUCAGCUUACCAAGAAGGACCAACAACGCCUCAACUCCAGUGGAAGGAAUGACAACGAAGAUGCUGGCUCCUCAUCCAGUGAGAGAGAUUCCAACCUCAUGGAUGUCAAUUCAGAAGCAUUCAUCGCUUUAGUUGCUCGUCUUUCGAAGAGUCAUGCCAAUCACAGUCCUGGUAGUUCCUCCUCAAGCAGGAGUUCUUCCUUCAGCAACAGGAGUUGCUCGAAUGAAUCUACUUCACCUCCGCCACAGCAAAAGGUGAGCGUGGUCAAGAGUUUGUGUGUUGACAAAACUGUCUACACAUUGGCAUUGAAUGCUGGUUCACCAGGGCGCAUGGUGCGACCCCUACUCCGCCAGGCUUUCUCCAGGCGACGUUCAAUUGCCUCCACAUAUGCUGGUCAGAAGAGGAUGGUGGGCGGCACCCGAGAUAAAAUUUCUCCAGGCAACUUUGAGCAAAGGUGA